CACGGGGGCGGCGCAGGCAGCCGGGCUCUGAGCCGCGCCCGCGGCCCCGCCGACUUCAGCACCCGGGACAGAGCCGCGCAGGGGCGGCGCAGCAGCUUCAGCACCGGGGACAGCGGCCGCUUCGCGCCGGUCUGCAGCCGGGGCCGCCCCUCUGCAGCCCGCGGCCGGGUCCCCGCCGCCCCGCUCGGCCCGGGGCCAUGUCCCGCCGCCACUCGAGGAUGCAGCCGCCGUCCGCCCCCCUGGCUUCGCUCCUGUGUCUCUGCCUGCUCGGGCUCCUGCGAAGAAGCCUGGGCACUGACACAGAGGAGCGGCUGGUUGAGUACCUCCUGGACCCGUCCCGCUACAACAAGCUGAUCCGUCCGGCCACCAACGGCUCAGAGCUGGUGACGGUGCAGCUCAUGGUGUCGUUGGCCCAGCUCAUCAGUGUGCACGAGCGGGAGCAGAUCAUGACGACCAAUGUGUGGCUGACACAGGAGUGGGAGGAUUACCGCCUCACCUGGAAGCCAGGGGACUUCGACAACAUGCGGAAGGUGCGCCUGCCCUCCAAGCACAUCUGGCUGCCGGAUGUCAUCCUCUACAACAAUGCCGACGGGAUGUACGAGGUCUCCUUCUACUCCAACGCGGUGGUCUCCUAUGAUGGCAGCAUCUUCUGGCUGCCCCCGGCCAUCUACAAGAGCGCCUGCAAAAUCGAGGUCAAGCACUUCCCCUUCGACCAGCAGAACUGCACCAUGAAGUUCCGCUCGUGGACCUACGACCGGACGGAGAUCGACCUGGUGUUGAAGAGCGAUGUGGCCAGCCUGGAUGACUUCACGCCUAGCGGCGAGUGGGACAUCAUCGCUCUGCCGGGGCGGCGGAACGAGAACCCUGACGACUCCACCUAUGUGGACAUCACCUACGACUUCAUCAUCCGCCGCAAGCCGCUCUUCUACACCAUCAACCUCAUCAUCCCCUGCAUCCUCAUCACCUCACUGGCCAUCCUGGUCUUCUACCUGCCCUCCGACUGCGGCGAGAAGAUGACGCUCUGCAUCUCCGUACUGCUGGCCCUCACCGUCUUCCUGCUGCUCAUCUCCAAGAUCGUGCCACCCACCUCGCUGGACGUGCCGCUGGUGGGCAAGUACCUGAUGUUCACCAUGGUGCUGGUGACCUUCUCCAUUGUCACCAGCGUGUGCGUGCUCAAUGUGCACCACCGCUCGCCCACCACGCACACCAUGCCGCCCUGGGUCAAGGUGGUCUUCCUGGACAAGCUGCCCACAGUCCUCUUCAUGAAGCAGCCGCGCCAGAACUGUGCCCACCAGUGGCUGCGCCAGCGCCGGCAGAACCAGGAGCGGGCCAGCAGCAGCUGCUUCCUGCGGGAGAGCGCCCGCUCCUGCACCUGCUUUGCCAACCAGGCCACCAUCAAGAAGCUCGGCGUUGGGGACGGCCGGCAGGUCACCGAGGCGGCUGACAGCACCAAUGGCUACCGGGAGCGGCCGGGGCAGGCCUCGGCACCCAGCCAGAGGUGCUGCUGCAGGGUGGAAGAGGCAGUGGAUGGGGUGCGCUUCAUCGCAGACCACAUGAGGAGCGAGGACGACCACCAGAGCGUAAGCGAGGACUGGAAGUAUGUGGCCAUGGUGAUUGACCGCCUCUUCCUGUGGAUCUUCGUCUUCGUCUGCGUCUUCGGGACCAUCGGCAUGUUCCUCCAGCCGCUCUUCCAGAACUACGCCACCAACUCCCUGCUGCAGCUCAACCACGGCCUGCCUAGCUCCAAAUAGGGCUGGGGGAAGGCAGGCGGCCCUGCCCUGUGCGUGCGGAGCCAUCACCCCCGGGAACGUUCGCAGCCACAUGGCAAAGACAGCGGCCUGGUGCAUGUUGCUGGAGCAUACCGGCCUGGGGGGUUCCCUGGGGCUGGGCCCGGGGCAGUCUUGGGAUGGGGGUCUCAGGGCCUUGCUGCUGUUUUCAGUGCUGCCUCCGCCCAAAUGCAUCCUGGCUCCCGCUGCUGGGGCAGCUCCACGUCCGCCCCAUUGAGAGCAAAGCCUCAGGAGCUGACGGAGGAGACCGGCCACGAGCUCUAGACCCAGAUCCAGGCAGGGCGCAGCUCAAGGUACCCCAGCCCUUCCUGGGAGGGAUGGGACUGCUCCAGCAACUGCACUUGAGGGUCAAGGAGGGCUCCCCUCCCCCCAGAGAUUAGUGAGGUCAAACAAUCCCCACAGUAGCAAGGCAUGAGUGGAGCAGGGUGGUUGAUCUCUGCAGUGAAGCCUGCUGCCAGUGUGGCUGGGUGCCAUCCAGUCACAUGCAGCAGGGGCAGGGCUGGCUGGGGAUGCUCCAGCUCAGCAUGGCAGGGCACAGGCAACAUCAGGGGGUGAACGGGCCCCAGGCUGCAUUGAACUGUAUCCAUGAAAGCUCGAUUAGAUCAUUAUAAAUUGUGUCCAGGCCCUUGCCUGGUGCCCUGGAGCUACUGAGGACUGGAGUAGGGUGGAGGGAGAUGGACAGUGCAUGUGCAGAAUGGAAACCCAAGGCCAGUGCCAUGGUUCCUGGGCAGGCAAGAAUUAGUCUCCUGGGGGGAAAUUUUAAAUCAAGCACCUCCUAUAAAUAGCGUGAAUCCUCCAGGCUGCUUGGAAGGGCACCAUGGAGCAGAGGGACAGGCUAAGCACAUCAUUGUGCUGCAAGUCUUGCUCUGUAAACAAUUGCAGCCAGGAAUUUCUCAGCUUACCCCCAGCCAGGUGUAAAGGGUCCCGGCCUGCUCCCGAACAUCUGACUGCUAGUAGACUGCCACUUCCCCUGGGGGGCAAAGCUGGGUGCAGUGGAAGUGGGACUAGAUUUUAGUGAUAUUUCAAAUCAAAAGAUGUUUGAGUACAAAGCAGCCAUGACAGAAGAGCCCCCGCGGGCCAAAGAACGCUGUCCUGGCUGGUCAGCUGCCCACGGAGCGCUCAGGAUCACUGUCCCACCUGCCUGACAUCUUCCCCGGGCUCUGCUGUAGAGAGGCUCGGGGACAAGCCCUCUCCCUGCUUUGCACAAUGGCAGAAUCCAAAGUCCUGGAGACCAGUCGGAGCAGAGCUCUGCAAUGCCAGGCUAGCAUUCGGGAGCGGGAUGGCUCAGAGAGGGAAUCCAGCCCAACCUUGCACGCAGCACCUUGGCCCACGCCUGGAGAGAGAAGGCAGCAGCCCUGGGCAGCCAGAUGGGAUGCUGCCUCCACGUGCCCUAGGCUGUCUCAGUCAGAUUGGAUGCAGGAAGACAGCUCCCGUUCUCUGCCUAUUCCCACCCCUUCGCUUUAAACAGCGGCUCAGUCACGCUUUUGGGUUCUGCUUUUAACUCCCCACUCCCAGACACGGGAGGGGGCAGUACCAGGCCUAUACUCACCAGGAACGUAACACAGUCCCUUUAUGGCGUAAGCAGCACCACACCACGGGUGGCGGGCAGGGCGAGCUCUGCUUGGGCACUGGCUGGCCGCUUUGAAGGAGUCUCUUUAGCCCCUUUCAGACGUUGUUUAUUUUUUGCAUCAUGUUUUCACUGAGCCAUUGACAAGUCCCCCUUUGCUUAGCUUUGAAGGCACCAGGUUUCCCAGUGGUUACAGUGGGACCCUGUGCAGCCACGAGGUAUAACCCUACCCUGGAGCAAUAGCCAGGGGCCCUGCAUGCGCCUUCUGCUCCAGCUGGCUGCAGCCAGGAGCUCCAGGCCUUGGCAGAGUUUUGCUGUUUUCCUCGGUUUUCAAAGUGGCCUAAGCGCCCAUCACUGGCACUACACCUCGCAGGCCUGGUCCCCAGAGCCUUCUACUGCUCCGAGCAAAGCGAGAACCAGCAGUGCUCCAGGAAGGGGCUGUACUGUUCUGACAUGUAAUAAAACUGCUCUUGGGCAGGACAGUCUUUGCCUGAAAUAAGCUUGAGCUCAAAUGUAACAGCAGCAGCCUGUACUGUGGGGCCCACUGUGGGCAGAUGCUGCCCUCCCAGCACUCCCACGGCCCUCCCAGCCUCUCUCCAGUCACCCUGUUAACCAGGAAGGUAAGUCACAGCCACGGCACCGUGUGGAUACGUCCUUUGAGUGGUGCACAUUAGCAGCACACCCGGCCCUUUGAACCCACAGGGCUGCGACUCACUCGAUCAGAGCUGUCUGGCCAAAGGGGCUCCUUCAAGUCUAGCUGGGAGGCUGCAUGACAAGGCUCCAUGCCCCCAGGGCUCUGGGCUUGCCCACUCUGGCACUGCUCUGGGAGCUAGAAAAUUACUCCCCUCCUCACCGGGAGGGGGAAGCCCAACUCCUCAGCCAAUCCCCAAGGCAGCCAGGCAAGUUUAGGGGCAGAUUGUUAAUGUGGAGGAUGAUUAGCCACUGGAACCAACUACCAAGGGGAGUGGUGGAGCUGAUCUGCGGUGGGCUUCAGAUCCAGUUUGACAUGCAUUAGCCAGACACAAGUCACUGGGCGCAAUAUGGGAGCACUAGGGUGACAUUGCCUGGCCUGUGUCACCCAAGAGGUCAGAGUGGAUGAUCUGAUGGUCCCUUCUGGCCUUUAAAUCUAUGAAUCGCCAACUCUCUCUCCUUUGAGGAGGGGGGUUAUUCCCUUGCUUCAGCACAGCUGGAGUUACGCAGUUAAGUGCCCAGGGAUGGACAGAAGGGUGCCCCAGCUCCAGUGACGGCAGAGCAAGCCUGGGGCCAGGGAUAGCAUCACUUCAGAAUUCACUCGAGAGCUUUGAGAGGGGGAGAGAUUUAACCUGCCCCUGCAGAGCUGCUACUCAGCACAGACCCCCCCCCCCCCGUCCGGGGAGCAGACCCCCACCUGGUUACGAAAUCAGUGCGGGACAUGGUUCAGCUGUCAGCACUUUGUCCAGCUGACGAUCAAAUAACUCCAUCGUUUCCCUUCUGAGCGACUCCAUCUCCAUGCUUGCUGCCAUUUAAAUUAACACCAGCUUUGGCCCCACUUUUCAUCUCCCAGGAAUUAAAACAACCCACAGAAUGGAGCUGUCUAACAAUACAGAUUUUUUUUUUAAUUUUUAUGCGGAAUGUUAGGACUUAAAAUCAUCAGUAUCGAGGGGCCCUUAAAAGCAGACUUACAAAAAUUAAAAUAAAAUAAAAAGGAGGGUUACAGUUCUCCCAUGAAUAAAUGUACAUUUGUGUACACUCAGCUCUCCAGAGCCAGUGUGGCAAGAGAAGGAAUCUAACAUUACAGAAAUGAAAGGGGGUGUGGGUAGGACGAGUUUGCAGGAGACAGUCCCCAAAUGAUGCAUACCAGGAAGUGCUCCGACCCUCUGACAGGGCAACUAAUUACAAAUAAAAUAAAUGGGGGCAGGGUGGAGACGGCACAAGUCGAUGCCAGAACUGUGGAGUAAAAACAGGUCUGGGUCUCUUCAAUUACUUCAGAGGGGCAGGCUGCCCUCGGCCUCACCCCCAGCCUCCCGCACUGCAACCCACGCAGCACUUGACCAUUCAAUUCCAGAGCAAUCAAUUCGCCCCUUCUCCCAGGGCCAGGCUAAAUCAGACUAGCUUCUGACAAAGCCCAGGCCAGCUCAGGUCAAAUGCAGCCAACAUCUGGAGCAAACUGACCCCAUGACCUGGGGCCUCGGAUUCUAGGUCUAGCAGGGCAGGCAGGCUGGAUGGGACUGGGUCCAUUAGCUGGGAGGCCUGUGCUUCUUCCAAGAAAGAAGAAGAAAUUUGCUGGCCCUGCUAGCACAGCACCAGCAGGCAGCCCCAUGGCCCCCAACCCCCAGGGCAGGCUGGAGCACAGCCACCAUUCAGCGUUCCCAACACAGACAGAACCUGCCUUAGAGCCCAUCACCCAAGACAGCGGCUUAGAUUCCUGCAAACAACAAAGAGGAGAGGUUGGCUGGGCCGGAGUCCUGUAGACAAGACAAAAUUCAUGACCGUUUCAAGGCACGGUUUGAAAACAAAGAGGCCAGGCUCUAAAAGAUCCCUGGUCCCGUUUUGAUGCCUAACCAGCCACGGGCUAGUCAUGGAACUGGUCUGAAGGGAUGUUUG